AUAACAUGAGUAAUUAUAUAAUUUUAUAUAAGAUAUAUAUACAUAUAUAUUGCAACUGAAUUUCGUAUAAUAGAUUAAUAUUAUAAAUAGCAUUGGAAGGAGGUACAGUGCAAAAAAAUAAACAAAACAAAUAGCUUAUGAUAGGAAAAUGAAAAUUAAAAAAAAGAUAGAAAAAAGAUGGUUAAUUGCUAAGGUUUAUCACUUCCAAAAAGUAGAUUAUUAGAAAUAAUAUUGGUGUUGAAUUUUUAAAUUUAAACAUAUCUUAUUAAUAUCAUUAUCAUUGCUGUCAUUACAUGGUUUCGUCAGAAGAGAUGGGAAAGAACAACAAUUUCCACUGGCAUUUGCACUGAUGUCAUCAAGGCAGGAGUCGGAUUAUGUAAAGGUCUUCAAUGCCAUUCUUGAAGCCCUUCCAGCAAGGCCAGCUGUUGAGAUGUUUAUGGUGGACUUUGAGCUAGGUGCCUGGAAUGCCAUUUCUGCAGUAUUCCCUGAUGCUGUGACCAAGGGAUGCACAUUCCAUUGGUGCCAGGCCGUAUGGAGGCACAUCCAGGAGCUGGGCCUUGCAGCCACAUACAUGAAGAGGGAGGCUACUCAUCGCUACUUGAAGCAGCUUAUGGCCUUACCCUUCCUACCUUCACCAGACAUCCCCGCCGCAUUCCAGACAUUGAAGGAGAGAGCCAACACAGAGCCCCUCCAGUCCCUGGUGGGUUACAUCGACAGACAGUGGAUGAACCAUUCCGUCUUCCACCCAUCAUCAUGGACCGUCUACCGCCAGGCCGUCAGGACCAACAAUGUUGUAGAAGGUUGGCAUCACAUGGUCAACGGCAAAGCUGGACAUCGGGGAUGCACCUUCUACAAGCUUGUCCCUCUUCUUUUGCAUGAGGCAAAGUUAGUGGAGACUCGUGUGUCCAGCGAGAACCUCUUCAGGGAUGUAAGACAGUCAUCAUCUGCACAUGCAACCCAGAAGAAAUUGACGGAGGCCUGGGAGCAGUAUGAUGCAGGACAGUUGUCAACUGGACACUUUCUACGGUUGUGCGGUACCGUGUAUGCUCCAUGCGAGUGACUUGAUACUACUGUGAUUUCCGGCUGUGCAAAUUAAGUGUGCGAGUGACACCCAUAGUGAACUAAUAGACUAUCACUAGUGCUUUGAAUUUGACUUUGAUAGUGCACCUACCACCUCAAUCACUAGUGCUUUUUUUUA